GCAGGCAGUGCGGAAGUAUCAGCCUGGCUCUUCUGCCAUUGGAAGAACCACAGCACCCCAGGACCCCAGCCCACAGACCUCUGCUGCCCACAGGAUGGGAGCCUGGGAGCAGGGAGACUGGCCAUGAGGGACUUCCGUGACUCCUCCAGGCAGACCACCAGCCCUGCACCUCCCAGACACACUCCGGCUCCAAGCCCCAUCAUGGACUCCAGACACAGCAGCCCCACUGGGGUUGGGGAAGGGGUGUCCUGUACUGAGGCCUCUGGUGGAAGCUUGGCCUGCCCUGCCCUGCCCUGCACGCUUCCCCCAGAGGCAACCGCCAAGGGGACCUCGGGGACCACUGUAGCUUCCGUCUCAGGGACACCCGAAACCAGCCUGGCUUCGAAGCCAGAGACUGCGUCCCCCGAAGAAUGCGACCCUUCGCAGGCAAAAUGCGACCCUCCGCCUUCGGGGAACAGGAAUCCAGAGAAGAAUGCCCAGAACCCGGCAGAGUCCACAUCCACCGGCGAGCAAGUUCCUGCAGCCUCGAGAAAAGCUGACCCAGUGCUCAUGGGAAAGCCAGACGCGGCUGUCGUGGCCACCAGGGAGUUUGCGUCUUGUGGAAGCCUUGGUCCCGGGACCCCGAAGAAGGAGACGCCCGGGAAUACGGGAGAAGGGCUUCAGGCAUCCUCCCCUCAGGGAGGCCCUACCGCUGGGUGCUCAGCCAAGAUAGAGCCUGGAACUCCGGGAACGCUCGGGCCAGGCCCCGCAGACGCCGCGGUGCCCACGUCCUCAGCGGAGCCAGCGCCUGCCCCUUCGGGGGUGACGGAGGCCGGCUCCCUGGGCAGAGGCGCCCUGGAGGCGUCUGCCAAAGCAAACCCUGAGGUGCUGGGGGCGCAGGGUCUGGGCCAGGGCCCAAGGGAACCCGCGGGCGGGAGUGUGCACACCACCCUGGACGGUCGAUCGGGGACGCCCUCGGCCCAGGCCGCGGUUAUGGACGGAGCAGCCGGGGCGCCGCAGCCGGUCUCCCCCGCGGAGGAGGGCCCCGGAGGGGGGAAGCCCGUUUCUCAGGGGGACACCGAGGCCUCCUCGGGAAGGAAAGAGCCCGUGGCUGCUGGUCCGGGAGGGACCGGGGGCGUGGAGGCCGUGGGAGCUUCCCCUGCGGGCCACGCCGCGUCCUCAUCCCCGUCCCCGUCCUCGGUGAAGGAGGAGAAGGCAGGUCCCAGUGGAGAAGGCGCCUCGGUGCGCCCUUCCGGAGAGGGGCCCCCCGGGGCUCUCGGGAAGACGCUCGGGGGGUCCUCGGGGGUCCCGGAGGGCGGCGGGGCGCGCGCGGAGCCCGGCAGCCGCGCGGGAGCGCAGGGCUCGCAGGAGGCGGCGGCGGAGCCGGGGACGGAGACGGAGCCGCGGGGAGCCGCGCCCGUCGGAGCGGGGCCGGGACCGGACGCGCAGGGCCCGCCGCCGCCGCCGCCCCAGGACGCGGGCACGCAGGCGGGCGCGCCGGUGUGGGCGUGCGUGUCGGUGGCGCUGAGCCCCGUGGCGCCGGCGGAGGGCGCGGACGGCUCUGCCUUCGGCUUCCAGGCGCCGACGCGGCGCGACGCGGGGCUGCAGGUGUCGCUGGGCGCCGCGGAGACGCGCUCGGUGGCCACCGGGCCCAUGACGCCGCAGGCCGCCGCGCCGCCCGCCUUCCCCGAGGUGCGCGUGCGGCCCGGCGCGGGCCCGACGGCGACGGCGAACCCCGAGGCGGCCGAGCCGGUGCGCGACGUGAGCUGGGACGAGAAGGGCAUGACGUGGGAGGUGUACGGCGCCGCCAUGGAGGUGGAGGUGCUGGGCAUGGCCAUCCAGAAGCACCUGGAGCGCCAGAUCGAGGAGCACGGCCGCCAGGGGGGCCCCGCGCCCGCCCCGCCCCAGCCCGGCCCCGGGCCCGCCGCCCGCGCCCCGGGCCCCGCCAAGCGCCCGCCCGGCCUCUUCCGCGCGCUGCUGCAGAGCGUGCGGCGGCCGCGGUGCUGCUCGCGCGCCGGCCCCACGGCCGAGUGA